AGAAAGAAAGAAAGAAAGAAAGAAAGAAAGAAAGAAAGAAAGAAAGAAAGAAAGAAAGAAAGAAAGAAGUAGUAGUUUUUGUUGUUUGCUAUUUAAAAGUCCAAGGAAAGAGACCUUUAUUUUGAAAUGAUUACAGAGCGACACAAAAACUCCGGAAGUUACUUUAGAAAGAACCCAAACACACAUUUACAGCAGGUAUAAAGCGUUAGACUGGGAGAAGAUCACAGCAGAUCACAUAGAGAUCUAUGAGCAGAUCACAGCAGAUCACAUAGAGAUCUAUGCGCAGAAGCCACUAUUUUAUACACUAUCAGGAAAUCGGAGUUAAAAGUUUAACAAGCCUUUAACAGGGCGCACAAUCCGCAUGGGGAAAAUAUAUUAGAAUAUAAUCACGACAAAUAAUAAAUUACUACAGUCUUAUUUAGCGCUCAUAUAAUUAAAUAAAUAAAUAAAUCCAGCAUUAAGUGAAGGUCAUUAGUGUCAGUGUGAGUCGGGAAGUAAGCAUGGUUCCACUUCCGGGUUCGGAGCUCGUGCGGACUCCGGUACAGCUUUACCGUUACCUGCUCCGGUGCUGCAAACUGCUGCCCGGUGCAGACAUACAGACACACUACCGACACGCUGUCCGACAGAGUUACAACAGCCACACCGAUGAGGACGAUCCGGAUCGAGUCCGUAUGAUCAUCCAGCGAGCUAUUUCUGAUGCUGACUGGAUUUUAAACAAGUAUAUUAAAAAUUCAGGAUCUCCAAGUCAGGAAAAAACACGACGCUGAUCGAAGGUGAUGCUACGCUGGACUGCUAUAAAGCUCAAAGAAAGCGAAACUGUGUUUAUUACUAUUACUGUCACUAAUGUAGUGCAAGGUUCAAAAGGAAUUAAUAUAAGUUUGUAAGAUUGUAAUAUUUUUAUUACCAAACAAAACAAACCAUUCAGUUGAACCAUGCUGUUAGCUUACAGGCCUCUGGAUGUGUCAUGUAAAUAAUCUGUAUUCAUUUCCAUUGUAUACAUUAAAAAUCGAAUGAAUAUUAUGAGCUUUGAUUUCAUCAACACUUGAUUGUCAGUGACUCCUGUUACAAUUGAAAUAAAUAUAAAUGCGUAA